ACUUAACAAAACAGUCACACACUCAUAAAACUCUAAAACCCUUUCUCCAAAUUGACGCAAUUAAAUCAAAUCAAAUCAAAUUCAAUAAAAAAAAAUCAGCUACAAACAGUCAUUCCAAUUAAUCAUCCUAUGUUCAGAGCACCCACAGCCAGCGUUGGCGGUGGCGGAGGCGGUGGUGUUCCCUUAACAUCAUCCAUCACCACCCAAUCACCAAAUACGGUUGACAUGGGUGGUGGUGGUGGUGUCGAUCCGACCCAUCACCGAACUUCUGCCCGGGCCUUCCAAUUCCACCCGGCCCGACCCCUUAUCAUUGAACUCUUUAAUCUUUACCUUGGUAGAAGUGGUCGUGAAAAGUCGGAUGAUUUGGUCAGAGAACCUCCGAAUAAGACACAGAAGCGAGUUACUGCUCUUAACAGAGACCUUCCUCCGCCAAAUGAACAGUUUCUUGUUGAUUUUGAGCAGCUUCAGAAUCAAUUUCCUGACAGAGAACAGUUAAGAAUGGUAUCCGAAUCUGUGCUUAUAUCUCUGGUUAUCCAGUGUAGUAAUCAUGCACCACGGGCAGAAUUUAUUCUUUUCGCUUUACGUAAUUUGUAUAACAUUGGGUAUAUAAAUUGGGAUACGUUUCUACCAUCUCUUCUUUCUGCAGUUUCAUCUGCAGAAAUGUCCGUUAGUGGUAUCUCUUCUGCAGCUUCGCCACAACCUACUGUUUCGUCUGCAUCUUUAUCACAAACUGGAAUGUUACCGUCAUCAGCCACGAUUCCCAGUUCUUCAAAUUUUCAGACUUCAAGUCCUGCAUCUCCUUUGAUUUCUGUUCAUGGUAUUGGCUCGCCGUCCCAAUCAGCAAACGAACCAUCGGCUACACCUUUAUCACCUGUAAAGUCGUCGGAUAUUAACAAUAGCGGCCAUAAUUCGAGAACUAACAUGUUAAUAAGAGAUAAUGCUAUAAGCAGUUUACGCCAGUUAUGUUGUAAGAUAAUCUUUUCCGCAUUAGAAGUUAACUUAAAACCAUCAACUCAUGCUGAUAUUUUCAAUCACAUGAUGAAUUGGCUGGUUAACUGGGACCAACAGCAACAGGGAAGUGACGAGGUUGAUGGCCUAAAAUCAUGGAAAAGGGAUAAAGCCUUAUUUGAAUGGCUACAUAAUUGUUUAGAUGUGAUUUGGAUAUUGGUUGAUGAUAGUAAAUGCCGCGUGCCUUUCUAUGAGUUAGUUCGAAGCGGACUACAAUUUUUACAGAAUAUAUCUGAUGACGAGGCAUUAUUUACUCUUAUCUUGGAGAUUCAUAGGAGAAGAGAUAUGAUGGCUAUGCACAUGCAAAUGUUGGAUCAACAUAUUCACUGCCCGACAUUUGGUAAUCAACGCCUUCUGACUCUGGCUACAACUAAUAUAUCAGCGGAAGCAGCCAUAAAUAUGAGAUAUUCGCCUAUUACAUAUCCAAGUGUGCUUGGCGAACCCCUGAAUGGGGAGGAUAUCGCUCUCUGUGUUCAGAGAGGUAGUCUUGAUUGGGAGCGGGCCUUGCGUUGUAUCAGGCAUGCUCUUCGUAGUACGCCAGCUCCUGAUUGGUGGAGACGUGUGCUUCUAGUGGCACCAAGUAACCGCACACAAUCACAGGCACUCAUCACUCCUGGUGCUGUUUUUACUGCAGACAUGAUCUGUGAGGCAAAUAUUGAUAGAAUUGUUGAACUAUUGAGGCUGACAAAUUCAGAAAUAAAUUGCUGGCAGGAGUGGCUUAUCUAUUCAGAUGUGUUUUUUUUCUUAAUCAAAAGUGGCUGUAUAGAUUUUGUCGAUUUUGUGGACAAGUUAGUUUUACGCCUAGCUGAGGAUGAUCACCAGAUUCUUAGGACGAAUCAUGUGACAUGGUUGUUUGCACAAGUUAUCCGGGUUGAGCUUGUAAUGACUGCUUUAAAUCAAGACUCUAGAAAGGUGGAAACAACCAGAAAGAUUUUGUCAUUUCAUAAAGAAGAUCGUAACUCUGAUCCUAAUAAUCCUCAAUGUAUCCUGCUCGAUUUCAUAAGCAGUUGUCAGAACCUUCGUAUAUGGUCAAUCAACUCUGCGACUCGAGAAUAUUUGAAUGGUGAGCAGCUUCAGAAAGGAAAGCAAAUAGAUGAAUGGUGGAGGCAAGUUACUAAAGGGGAUCAUAUGAUCGACUAUAUGAAUCUGGAUGAUAGAUCAGUUGGGAUGUUUUGGGUUGUGUCUUACACAAUGGCACAACCUGCUUCUGACACAGUGAUAAGCUGGUUAACAUCUGCUGGACAUGCAGAAUUACCAGGACCAAAUCUACAAUCUAAUGAUAGAAUAUCGAUGAUGCGUGAAGUUCCUCCUGUUCCGAUAUCAUUGAUGUCUGGUUUUUCAAUUAAUUUGUGCCUCAAGCUCGCUUUUCAGAUGGAAGAGGCUAUGUUCUCUGGAGAGCAUGUCCCUAACAUUGCGAUGGUUGAAACAUAUACCAGAUUGCUGCUCAUCCAACCUCAUUCAUUAUUUCGUUCACAUUUAAGUCAUCUGCAUCAGAGGAACCCUUCUAUUUUAAAUAAGCCAUCAGCUACUCUUUUGGUUCUGGAAAUUCUUAACUACCGUUUAUUUUCCCUAUACAGGUACCAAGGGAAGAGCAAGACAUUAAUGUAUGAUGUCACCAAAAUUCUCUCUACUCUAAAAGGCAAGCGUGGAGAUCAUCGUGUGUUUAGAUUGGCGGAAAACCUGUGCAUGAAUCUCAUUUUAUCAUUGAGAGAGUUCUUUUUUGUGAGGAAGGAAGGAAAGGGUCCCACUGAAUUCACUGAAACGUUAAAUCGUAUAAGCGUAGUGAAUCUUGCCAUUAUUAUCAAGACUCGUGGAAUUGCUGAUGCUGAACACCUUCUCUAUCUUCAAACAAUGUUGGAACAAAUCUUAGCAACUAGUCAACAUACUUGGUCUGGAAAGACCCUUCGUUACUUUCCACCUGUUUUAUGUGAUGCCUUGAUUGGCAGGAUAGACAAAAGAGGCUUUGCAAUUCAAACCUGGCAGCAGGCUGAAGCCACUGUAAUUAAUCAGUGUACCCAGCUUCUCACACCAUCAGCUAAUCCUACUUAUGUCAUGACUUAUCUUAAUACGAGUUUUCCUCAACAUCGACAAUAUUUAUGUGCUGGAGCAUGGGUGCUCAUGCAUGGCCACCCUGAGAACAUUAAUAGUGCAAACCUGGGGCGUGUUCUAAGAGAGUUUUCUCCUGAGGAGGUGACUGCAAAUAUAUAUGCUAUGGUGGAUGUUCUUUUGCAUAACAUGCAAUUGGAGCUACAGCAUGGACAUCUCUUGCAGGAUCUUAUCUUGAAGGCCUGUGCAAAUCUUGCUUACUUUAUUUGGAACCAUGAGCUGCUUCCUUUAGACAUUUUGCUUCUGGCAUUAAUUGACCGUGACGAUGAUCCACAUGCUUUGCGUAUCGUGGUUAAUUUGCUUGAGCGACAAGAGCUUCAGCAGAGGAUCAAAUUUUAUGUUGCUAACCGUGGCAAGCCCGAGCAUUGGCUUCAAACUGUAGCAUUCAAGCGUAUUGAAUUACAAAAGGCUCUUGGCAAUCAUUUGUCAUGGAAGGAAAGGUAUCCGACAUUUUUUGAUGAUAUUGCCGCACGGUUACUCCCCGUUAUCCCCUUGAUCAUCUAUAGACUUAUUGAAAAUGAUGCUGCAGAAGCAGCAGAUAGAGUUCUCCAAUUCUAUUCAACCUUCCUUCAUUACUAUCCCUUAAAUAUAACAUUUGUUCGUGAUAUACUGGCAUAUUUCUACGGACAUCUUCCAGGAAAACUCAUUUUUCGAAUACUGAAUGUGCUCGAUAUAAAAAAGAUGCCAUUUUCUGAGUCAUUUCCACAACAUGUUAAUUCACCAAAUGCCACGUGUCCACCAUUGGAGUACUUUGCAUCUCUUUUAUGUAAUCUUGUGCAUAAUGUCAUCCCUCAAUGCAAUUCAAAAGUGGAUACUUCAAACAAUGGUGCACGUCCUAUCACAAAUAGGAAUCCUGCAACCAAUCAACCCGGGUCAACUAACACCCUCGAAGGUCAAAAAGCAUUCUAUCAAAUACAAGAUCCUGGCACAUACACACAACUUUUUCUCGAAACUGCAGUGAUAGAAGUCCUAUCACUGCCUGUAACCGCAGCACAGAUUGUAACAGCGCUUGUGCAAAUAAUUAUCCACAUACAGCCAACUCUUACUCAAUCCAACCAUGGUUUCCAUGGAUCUUCAACUAGUUCAGGUCAAGGAUCUGCUUUGCCAACUUCCCCAUCAGGGGGAAGUACGGAUUCUUUAGGCAGAUGCAGACAAAAUGCUACUGGCAUGGGAUUUGUUUCAAGAAGUGGUUAUGCGAGCCAACAACUUUCUUGUUUGAUGAUUCAAGCUUGUGGGCUCCUGUUGGCUCAGCUUCCUGCUGAGUUUCACAUACAGCUUUACGCAGAGGCGUCACGUGUGAUCAAGGAGAGUUGGUGGGUUAUGGAUGGAAAGCGAUCGACCAGUGAGCUAGAUUCUGCUGUUGGCUAUGCUUUGUUGGAUCCAACAUGGGCUGCUCAAGACAAUACUUCCACCGUCAUUGGAAAUGUGGUUGCUCUGCUUCAUUCGUUCUUCAGUAAUCUUCCACAGGAAUGGUUAGAUAAAACACAUCUACUUGUAAACCAUCUACGGCCCAUAAAAUCAGUUGCGGUGUUGAGAAUCGCCUUCCGUAUUGUGGGUCCAUUGCUGCCAAGAUUAGCAAAUGCUCACAGUUUGUUCAGCAAGACCCUUGAACUACUGCUAAAUAUGAUGGUGGAUGUCUUUGGGAGGAACUCUCAGCCAUCAACUCCUGUUGAAGCAUCAGAAAUAACUGACCUAAUUGAUUUCCUUCAUCAUAUUGUGCAUUAUGAAGGUCAGGGAGGACCUGUACAGCCAAAUUCAAAAGCAAGACCAGAUGUAUUGGCUUUAUGUGGAAGAGCCAUUGAGAAUUUACGCAGUGAUGUGCAGCAUCUACUUUCUCACUUAAAAACCGAUGCAAAUGGUUCUAUAUAUGCAGCUACCCAUCCGAAGCUCUUUCAAAGUCCAUCUUGAUGAGAUUGGUUCCUCGUUGCUGGUGCUGAAUUUGCUAUUUUUAAUGUAAUGUACAGUUUCUUAACAUGAGGUGCAGAAAUUGCUUUUCUUCUGGAUUUGGCCAGAUUUCCUCUGUUGCAGCUACAGACCCACCUUUUUAAUAUAUUUAGGCCAGACUGUUUUUUAGUCUUCUGUAUUUUAAUCUGAUUCAAGUAACUGAUUCUUGACCUGAGACUAGUCUGGGAUGAAAGGCUUUUGUUGUACAAGUUUAGUAAACAAGUACGAGUAAUUCAUAACAAAUGUAAAAUGUUAUUCUUUAAAAUAUCUCCACACAACAUAUAGAAAUUACCAUAA